CGGAGCCCUAAGAAGUUGUGUUGGAGCCCUAAGGAGGACGUCUCGGAGCCCUAAGGGGUUCGUGUCGGAGCCCGAAGAAGUUCGUGUUCCGUUCGGCGCCGUCUAUUUGUGAUAGUGUGUGAGUGAGACGGAUAACAAUUGUAAGUACUCUUUUGACAUUUUUAUUUGUGAAGAGAAUUGAAGAAUUUUGGACUUUAUUUACACUAGAAAUUUAACUUGGAAAAUUUAAACUGUUUAUAUUAACUUAGAAAAAUUUUAGAAAUAAUUUUAGGACUUAGAAUAAUUUUGAAAAAGCGGUUGCUACGGGGAACCUAUGCCCGAUUUCUGUCAGAGUUAUUAAUUUUCUCAAACACUUAGAAAUUUUCGGAAUUUUUAGCAUUUUUUUUUGGAUAUUUGUUUACAUGUCAGUUGAACUGUCAUUUAUGAUGGAACGGUUAGAGAACUGUCAAUUUGAUCUUGCGUCAAGGAUAGAAAAAGCGAAGACGAAUUUCAAAAAAAGUCCGAAAGAUCGUUUGACCAAAGAGUAUUUGGAGGGAAGGUUGGAACUUCUUGAAGGUUUGUGGAAUGAAUUUUUGUUGGGUCAUAGGGAAUUGUUGCGCACUACGGAACCUAAAAUAUUAUCCGAGUCGACCUAUAUGCAAAACGAGACCUAUGACAAAACGGAAGAUUGUUAUAUCGAUUUUAAGUGUAAAUUGAAAGGGGGUUUAACUAAAUUCGUUAUAAUCCCAAGUUCGUCCAACAAUGAUUCCAACCAGCCCACGGUACAGGCGCCUAAUGUCAAACUUCCAAAGGUGAAUAUUCCGGUCUUUUCGGGCAAGUACUCGGAAUGGAACACGUUCCGAGACUUAUUCCAGUCUCUAAUCCAUUCCAACAAAACUUUAGGAAACGCACAAAAAUUACUUUAUUUGAAAGGGUAUUUACAAGGUGAAGCCGAGCAACUUUUGUGCAACAUCCCAAUUACCGAUAGCAAUUACGAGCAAUGUUGGCGUUUGUUGGAUGAGAGAUACAACAACAAAAGAUACAUUUGUCAUCACAUCUUGAAGAGACUACUAAGCCAAAAAAAUGUCACUUGUGAGUCGGCUAGUGGUUUGAAAGGUUUGAUGGACACCACGAAUGAUUGUUUGUCAUCUCUGUCUAACAUUGGCAUAGAUACGAGUACCUGGGACGUGCUGGUAAUUCAUAUAAUAACUUUGAAGUUGGACCUUGAAUCAAAAAGGCAAUGGGAAUUUAGCAUCAUGGAUAACAACUCUAGUGAGCUACCUACUUACGGUCAAUUCGAGGAAUUUCUUAAGAACCGAUACCGCGCCCUUGAGUUUUUGAGUUCAGAGUCCAAACCAAUUCCUAACAAAACCUUGCCUAUUAGUCAAAUUAAAACCAUGCACGUUACCACAUUAGUCUGUCCCUUUUGUAAGAAGGAGCACAAAUUAAGCACAUGUCAGGCGUUUAGGGAUACGUCAGUGGAAUUACGUCGCGAAUUUGUUGCAUGUCACAAUGUUUGCUUUUGUUGUCUCGGAAAUAAUCACUCUGCCAAAUUCUGCCACAGCAAAUACAAGUGUCGCAUAUGCAAGAGGAAGCACCACGCUCUGCUGCAUCCUACGAACAAGAUUGCUCAGGAACCCCAAAACGGGGAGGCUACGGCUGAUACCAAGAAAGUUGGUGCUGUUAUUUCCUGCACGUCUACAAGAAGCACUGUGGAUUGUAGCCAGGUAUUGCUAGCGACGGCACUUGUUGAUACGGUUUCUAAACACGGCCAAACUUACACGAUUCGUUCUUUACUGGAUCAAGGAUCCCAAUCCUCUUUUAUUACGGAGGCCAUGGUUCAAUUAUUGGGGUUGAAGAAGAUUCCAGCUAAAGUGCAGAUAGUAGGAGUAGGUGGCACGAACGGGCUCACGACAAAGUCGAUGGUAGAAGUAAAAAUAGUAUCACGAGUCGAUCCGAACUUUAUUGCAACAGUGAAAGCUUACGUACUAGGGUCCAUCACAACGCUUUUACCUAACCGAAAAAUAAGAGCGGAGGAAUGGAAGGAACUUGAGGACAUUGUACUCGCGGAUCCGAGCUAUUAUACUUCUAACAGUGUAGAUUUGUUGUUGGGGUCAGAAGUAUACAGCCGGGUAAUUCAAAACGGAGUCAUCAAGGGACCGCUUGGUUCACCACUUGCUCAGUGUUCGUCACUGGGGUGGAUUCUGUCUGGUGUCGUUAACACGCCGAUGAAGCCCUCUGAAACAAUAAAAGUGAUGCACUGUAGUGUGAAGGAUAAUCAGCUUCAAAGAAAAUGUCGUAAGCUAGAAGAUGACAUUCCGUUGCCAAAGGAACGAACAUGUACAGAAGAUCAAAAGACACGUGAAGGAUACUUUACCAGAACUACUUAUAGAGAUGACACUGGCCGAUACAAUGAGCGUCUCCCGGUGAAGAAUGAAGUUCCCGAUGUGAAGGAUUCCUGGAAAACACCUGAAAGAAGAACGUAUUCAUUAGAACGAAGACUGAAGAACGGCGAUCUGAAACAGAAAUACACAGAGGUUACUAGUGAAUAUGUUGACAUGAAUUUGGAUCACGGUGAGGAUUCUCCAACGGCGGCUGAGAAGAUACUGUCAGACUUUUAUGUGGACGAUCUCAUGAUGGGUUGUGAACCUAUCGAUCAGGGGAUUCAACUUUACAAGCGAAUGGAUAUGAUGUUAGGUAAAGAAGGGUCUGAGUUACAAAAGUUGACUACUAACAAUGAAGACUUGGUAAAGACAAUGAAAGAGGGUGGUAAAGUAAUUCAAGAGAAAGGAAACGAAGAAGGUCUGAAAAGGAAAACUGAUGGGAAAAAAGAAAAGUGGUGGUAUUACCUGGAACCGAAGUGA